GUAAAAAAACAAAGUCAGAAACCGAGGAAGGGGUAUCUAUUGUGAGAGCUGCGUUAUUGCGGCGCACCGUGUUGAUUAUAAUAAACAACCAACCCAGCAAGUCAGGGCUCGUGUCCGUGCGCUGCAACGAGCGGAGCUCCUUCCGUUACGCAAGUGUUUGAAUUCCACCACCCUUGACAGCCAGUGAAAGCCAGUCAACGGAGCAGCGUGAAGGCGCCGUAAAGGCGCCAUGCGGGCUACGUCAUGGCUGGAGAGCAGAUGGAUGCAAAUGCCUUCAGAGAAAGACCAGAACCGAACAAAUUCAUAUUAUGACAAUUGCCAGCACGUCGAUAAUGGAAAUAGGACUUCUGCCGACAACUGCAACUAUGUUGGACAGUCUCAGUCGGCCCUGUACAACACUGGAUCUGCAUAUGCUGGAAAGUAUUCCUUACACUCUGGAAGUGUUGCAGAUGAAAGUCCUUGGAAUGCCCUAGGACAGAUUAGGCAGGCAGAACCUGUUCAUUUGUCUUUGGAUUCCCCAUCUAAACAAAAAAGUUACCAACUGAAUGGUGGGAUUGUAGUUCCCCUGGAAUCAAGAGACCAGUCUGUAACAAGUGUCCGUUGUGUUCCUCAAUUGGGCCAAACUCUGCUUCAGAAUGGAACUUUGGUCCCAAGUAGACAAAAUCCACAAGGACUGGAAAUUACACAAGAAAUGCAGCCCUGUUUCUCCAGCCUUGCUAUGUGCAAUAUACCACAAGGGCACAUGAAUAACUGUUUUAGUGGUCCUCAUUUUCAGAGGCUGAUGGACAGUGGGCAGGUAACAACUGCAAACUCUUCCUUUGCUCAAUUACCUCACCCUGUAGAGUGGAAUUCACCCUACCACUACAUGCAGUGGCAGAGCCCUAUGGCAGGUGGUAUGGUGAAUAACAGGUAUGUCACACCAAGCAGCAGCAGGCAGAGAUCAGAUUCCACCAAGGCAGUUCCUUCUGGCCGUGGGCGCGUUGCUCCUCACGCUCGCCAGGCAACAGGCCCCAAACCCAGACUGAGGAAGGCAAAUAUGAGCGCGGGUACAAAGAGCAGUGAACAAGGAACCAUUGGUAGUCAAACAACUGGAGAUGGUAGCAGGGGUGGUGUCAAUAGAGUGCUGUGCCAGAAUCAAUCUGUGGCUCCUCCUCCAACUAUGUUCUUGAACUCUAAUUUGGAAAUUGUUGGUGUCAGUUCUCCUCAGAACAUCCACAUGGCGCAUCCAAACUCUUCUGCUGUACCUUCAGCUGAUGGAUUUAGUGGUUUUUUACAACUUCUGCUUCAGACAAAUACCACCCCAGAUGGGAUCAGCAGUACAAAUAGAAGCACGGUCCGUGGGAGCUGCAGUGAGGCUAACCAGAAACACUCUGCAGGUGUAGAAGUGCCUCUCCUGAGUUCUGGUCCUGGUCUGUCUGCUGCUAAAGGAAAUAGCUCAAACAGUUCUACCUCAUGCACCAGUCAUGGAUAUUCCCAGACCUACGUUGGGCAGCUACCCCAAAACAGAUUAACUAAGGCCAAUGGUGGUGUUAUGACUUGUGACUCUGGUUUCAUGCAACAGAGAGAUUUUGUUGGCAUGUCAUGUCCCCGGCCAGCAGUGCAACAACAAAAAACAUUACAACCGCUGGUGGGUUCUGGGAUGACAGGGUCUUCUUUGUGUCAACUAAAUGCAGGGUCUCUUGCAAGUGUAUGUCAUACUGUUGGCCAUCCUUCAGCAUGUACUGAUGAAAAUGGCAAUACAGCUCAUCCUGGUGCCGCAACUGGUAGCAGUGGGCAACAGUCUCAUACAGACCAAUUCCUGCAGCCUCUCAGCCAGCAGAAUAGUGGAAAGUGCCGGGGCUGUUUUGUCACUGCUACUGAUGACAGGAAGGGAAGUGUGUUACCUGCUGAUAAUGUGAUCACGGAGAGCCAGCCACCUGUCUGUUCUUUAUCGACACAAGAGAGCACUGAAAGGGUCUCAGAGCAGUCUAAGGAGAACGGUAAUAUAUCUAGAGAGCUUGAUCGCACAAAUAUCUCAGAUGAUCAGAACAUUGAGCUCCUGGUUUCAGAGACUUCUGCCAAAAUGGAUGUAUUUAAAUUGCCGAAAGCAAACGGCCAACAAAGCAUGCCUGUUGGUAUAGGUGGGCAAAAGGCCAUUGCAGUUGUUCCACCUAUAUCGCAGCAGUCAAGUGUUAUAGACAGGAUAGAGUGUGCUGCUAGUGCAGAAGGUUGUUUGCCAUGCAAGAUUCAGAGUGCUUGGUCUCUCACUGGUGACAGUGAUGGGAAUAAGCCUCAUGAUGAAGGAAGCAAUCUCCGCCUGUCCCAAAAUGGAAUGGAUAAAGUGAUCAGCGGUUCUUUCUCAGAUGGAGUGGCAUGCAGAGGAAAACCUGCUGAGAUGGUUUCAAGCUUGUCAAACCAGCAACACUCUAAAUCGACAAAUCAAGGGACUCUCAAUAUGGGUAGCAGGAAUGAAAUAUCCUGUUCCGAAUUUCACAGCAACUCUGAGGGUACUGCCCGAAAUAAUCACAAUAAUAAGGAUGAUUUGGAGAAUGUGUUCUGUUUAUCAACAAUUCCUGUCUCUGAGUGGACUAUUGACAAUUUACGUAAAUUAAUUGCUUACCUGGAGAUUGUUGAAACACCAGCUAAGUAUAAUAAACGGGUUGUUAGUCAAAUUAUGGACCUUUUUUGGGGUGGUGACCAAAAAAAUCUUCUGAAUGCCUUAUGUGUGGGACUUUACAGAACAAUUUUUCAUUAUUGGGAAGUCUCCAUUGACGAGAAAAAUCCGGUUGUGUUGUCACAGUUUGACAAUGCAUGCAUGAAAAAAAUGGCAGAAAAAUGUCACAUUCUAGAACAUGGUGCCACCUUCUCUGAGACAGCAUACAAGUCAUCCUGGUUGCAUCUCAAUGAGAAGCUAGAUGAUAUAGACAUGGAACAUGGCUUUCCUAUGUUUCCUAGCUUUGACGUAAAAAUGCCUGGCAAAGGAAAUCAGAGCUCUGAGCUUAAUGCGAUUGAACAAAGCAAAGUGAUAGGACCUGUCACGAAGACAGUGGACAUGGAUUUACAGCAAAUGGUGCUACGGGUCCCUGCCACAGAACUUCCUGAUCCCCUGUCUUCAAUAGAAAUCAAAGUGCUUCCACUAGAGGAUGCAAAGAAGUAUUUUGACAGUAUUGCAAGUGAAAGUGGUCUGACUGGAGAGAGACAAAACAAGGAGUUGGCACAAGACUCAGAGAAGAAAGAUUCCCAAAAUUAUGUAUAUUGUUGUAUCUCGAAAUGGAUUGAAGUACUAAACGGACAAGAAGAGAACUCAUUGUGCAGAUGCCAGAGUCAGGGUAGUCAAAAAAUGGAAACUAGUGAUGUUUCGUUAAAGGAGAAACUGGAAGUUACAGUAGAAAGCCCCUUGGAAUUAUCAAGUGGAGAUCAAGUCAUCAUAAAACAAGAGAACAAGGGGCUGGAUACCAGAAAGGACAUCAAAACCAUAACUAAGGAAUGUUCAGUGGGAAUAGAGGCUGUCCAGCAAUCAGAUGACAAAAAAAGUAUUUCAAAGCUUCAAAUUUUGUCACCUGCUGGUGAAAUUGGCUUAAAUGUGGUUGAAAUAAAAGUAGAAGAUCUGAAUUUGUGUCAUAUGGAGGUUGCUGAAGUAGAGGCCUCACCAUCUUUUCAAACAGGGAGUACAAUUCCAUGGAUUUCAGAACUGCACAAUCCAGGUUGUAUGAAUGUGAAUAACUGUUUUGACAAUGGAGAUGCCAAGAAGAUGGGAACAGACACAACUGUUGACAGAAGAAAGUUCUCAAAUAUCUCAGAGCCUCCAAAAAGCCUAGGGGGAUUUGAACCAGUCUCCUUAAGACAAAGAUUUUGCCAUCGACUUUGUCCCAAGGAGAGACUCAAACACAGAGAUGAGAGAGAAUGGAAAGAAGGCGAGUGUAAGGAGAAACAAAAAAGAACUUUGCACUCCAAACUGCCUGUUCAAAAUCUUUUGCACAGAACAACUGAAAAGGAGGGAGAAAAGGUGUCUGCAUGCCCUCAGUCAGUACCCGGGAUUAAAACUCAUGAUGAGUGCAACAAUCGUUCAAUUGUAAAAGUUGGGCACAAGCAAAAAUCUAAAAAGGGCGAGUCCCAGGUCCUGUCGGAUGUUCCUAAACGAUGUGUAAGAAACUGUGGUAAACAUAGACACGCAGCUAACGGUGAGGUUGGAAAAAAACUGAAAAAGGAAAUCUCUCCGAAAGGCACAGCAGCAACAGAAAGCAGCACAAUUGUCAGUCUGACUUUAUAUGGGUCUUCCCUCCAACCUGAUCAUAAAACUCAUUUGUUUCAGCCCAACAAAUCCAUCCCGCCUGCAACAAUUAGCUUAAAUAUUAGUCCCCACGACAAAAGUAUUUCCGAAAAAGACUGGGUGAAAAAUAGCCAGGCAAAGCAAAGGGUCUAUUCGAGCUGGAAAAGCAGUUGGAUUCCUCAAAAGGACCCUUCAGACACGAAAGUAUUGCAUUCCACAAGAAAUGGCAAGGAAAAAGCACGUACACGCAAACCUAAAGAGACUAAUACUCCAAACGUUGCUCUAUCCGAACCAAACAAAGGCUCGCUUCUCAAAAUGAAACCACCACCCUCAUGUUCUGAUUUGCCGGCAGAAGCAAUAGAUAAGCGAGAAAAAGACGCAAAUAAAUCGCAUGCUGCUCCUUCCAAACCGAUCCGUAAAGGAGAGGACAGAGCAGUCCUCGGUAGUGACAAACAGACUCUGCUGUGUUCCAUGAAGGAGAAGCCUCAGCUUCCUCUAACAGCAAUCAAGAGGAAACAAUCCGAAAAGGGGCAGAAUGCACAUGUUUCAAAGCAGUCCCGUCUCCAACAGUCCAGGAGAUGCAAUUCCGUAGAGAGAUGUAAAUACGAGAUUGGGAAUCCAGCGUUGAUGCCAUCCCCAGUGCACAAGAAUAUCCUGAAAUUCAAGCUCCUGCACAAGUCUUUUGACCUCAGAGAAGCUGAAGACUAUGAGAUGGAAAAGAAACUUUUCAGACAAUCUAAGAAGACACCCAAGCCUCAGGAAUUGGAAGAAUCAACCAGACAGAAGACAGCAACCUGGAAAAUUAAAGGUCCAUGGUCCCAUAAUUUAGAGAAGAAAGAGCCAGUUUCUGACAUCUAUUCAUCCAGAAUGACCGUGCCAUCCCAUACAGCCUAUGAAGAAUACAGAAGACAAUCCCUGGCAAAGACUAGAAAAUGAGGAAACUACUUAAUGUGAACGGCAAGGAUUCAAAACCAAGAGAAGACUUUCUACAUAACUGCAAUCUUCUUCUCUAAAAAGCUUUUUCCUAGUGUGACAAGAAGUUUGUUUUAAAAAUGUGGCUGCUAUCCUCCCCCCCUCCCCCCCCUAGAAUUUUGUA